AACACAGAGAAAAACUCCUGCUGAAGCGACUGAUCUCAACACUGUUAUAAAGAUGGUGUUUAUUAAAGAGGAGAGUGAAGAUGUGAAGAUUGAAGAAACAUUCAGAGUCAAACAGGAAGAUCUGCAGGAACAAACAGACCUAAUUGAAGAGAAUGAGGGGAGUAAAGAGGAGGAACAUCAUGUCAAAAUUGAGGAAAAAAACUAAUUUACAGACUGAUAGUAUUUUGAAAAGGAGAGGCAAGAAUCGUUUCACCUGCACUCAGUGUGGAAGGAGUUUUGGAAGAAAAGGCAAUCUUAAGAUUCACAUGAUGAUCCACACUGGAGAGAAACCAUUCACAUGCACUCAGUGUGGAAAAAGUUUCAGCCAAUUAUCAUCCCUUAAUCAACACAUGAUGAGCCACACAGGAGCGAAACCAUUCACUUGCACUCAGUGUGGGAGAAGUUUCAGCAAAUCAUCAGACCUUAAUAAACACAUGAAGACCCACACUGGAGAGAAACCAUUCACUUGCACUCAGUGUGGGAGGAGUUUCAGCCAAUCAUCAUCCCUUAAUCAACACAUGAGGAUCCACACUGGAGAGAAACCAUUCACUUGCACUCAGUGUUGGAGAAGUUUCAGCCAAUCAUCAUCCCUUAAUCAACACAUGAGGAUCCACACUGGAGAGAAACCAUUCAUGUGCACUCAGUGUGGGAAGAGUUUCAACCGAUCAGCAAACCUUAAUAAACACAAAAAGAUCCACACUGGUGUGAAUAUGAGCUCCAAAAUUGAAACUGCACCAGACAACUCACACUGAAGAGACAGUACAAGCGUUCACACUGUGACAAGAGGUUUAUUCAGUUAACACAUCUGAAAACACAAAAGAGGAUUUAUACUGGAGAGAAACCGUACAGAUCUGAUCAGUGUCUACAGAGUUUCGCUCAUUCGGCGCACCUUAAGAAACACAUG